CAUUUCCUCCAUCACCAAACAAACAAACACAUUCAAUAAGUAAAAAAUCCUCUCGAGAGACAAAGAAUGAGAAUGACACUUGUUCACUUGUCUCUCUCCCUCUUCUCAUGUCUCCUCCUAGUCCUUUCUCCGACCUUCAUUGCCUCCACUCCCGUCUCCCACCCUGACCUCGUUGUUCAAGAAGUUAACGAGAAGAUUAAUGCGUCUAGGAGGAAUCUAGGCGUGCUCUCAUGUGGGACCGGAAAUCCAAUAGACGACUGUUGGAGAUGCGACCCGAAAUGGGAGAAAAACAGACAACGGCUAGCCGAUUGCGCUAUUGGUUUUGGCAAACACGCAAUCGGCGGCCGUGACGGCAAAAUCUACGUGGUGACGGAUUCGAGCGACAAAGACGCGGUCAACCCUAAACCCGGAACACUAAGACACGCCGUGAUCCAGGACGAGCCGCUUUGGAUCAUCUUUGCUCGUGACAUGGUCAUAAAGCUAAAAGAAGAGCUUUUAAUGAACUCUUUCAAGACCAUAGACGGACGUGGAGUUAACGUCCAUAUCGCUGGUGGCGCGUGCAUCACGGUUCAGUACGUGACCAACAUCAUCAUCCACGGUAUCAACAUCCACGACUGUAAACGAAAGGGUAAUGCUUACGUUAGAGACUCUCCGUCGCAUUAUGGGUGGAGGACGGCCUCCGACGGUGACGCCGUCUCGAUUUUUGGUGGCUCACACGUGUGGGUAGACCACUGCUCGUUGUCGAACUGCGCUGACGGUCUGAUCGACGCUAUUCAUGGAUCAACGGCCAUUACGAUCUCUAACAACUACUUGACGCACCACAAUAAAGUUAUGCUUUUGGGACACAGUGAUUCGUACACGAGAGACAAGAACAUGCAAGUCACCAUUGCCUUCAAUCACUUUGGUGAAGGUCUUGUUCAGAGAAUGCCAAGAUGUAGACAUGGAUAUUUUCAUGUGGUGAAUAAUGAUUAUACACAUUGGCAAAUGUAUGCAAUUGGUGGGAGUGCAGCCCCAACGAUUAAUAGUCAAGGCAAUAGGUUUCUUGCUCCUAACGAUCAUGUCUUUAAAGAGGUGACUAAGUACGAAGAUGCCCCACAAAGCAAAUGGAAGAAAUGGAAUUGGAGGUCAGAAGGUGAUUUGUUCCUAAACGGUGCCUUUUUCACGGCUUCGGGUGGAAGAGCCUCUUCAAGCUAUGCUAAGGCUUCGAGUUUGUCGGCUAGACCGUCCUCAGUAGUAGCUUCAGUCACGGGCAGUGCUGGUGCACUCUUUUGUAAAAAGGGAUCUCGAUGUUAAUCCGAUGCAUCGUUUUCAAACUUAUAUAUAAUCCAUCUAAUUAAUUAAAAAAAAAAAAACAUAAAGAAGAGGAUGCAUGUGUCCCUGGUAUGUCAAAUUUUCAUUACCCUUUAUUUUUUUUUUCAUUAUGGGGAGGGUUAAAGUUAUAAGAUGAUGGAUUUGAUGUGUACACUAAAGUUAUGUGUGGAUUCCCUUUGGACCAAUGGGUUUCUUUUGAACUUUUUUGGAGUAGGGACCAAUGUUUUAUCUUGUGGUGGGUGAUAUGUAUGUACAAUUGGUAAGCGAUUAUUGUUGAUUUUCUUAUAUUGUAACAAAUUGAAUCAACAUCUUAAAUUAUCAAAAA